AUGGCUCUUGGUAACAGCUCUGUGGAUUUCCUCUCAGCUCUGUGGAACUUCUCAGUAGAAGAUGCUGAUGGAGAGAACAAUGUUUGCGACUCCUCUGAGUCACACAAGCCCAUGGUCCGUGGACUGCUCUCCUUCUCCUACUCCAUCAUUAUCAUCAUCUCUCUGUUCGGGAACGCAGUGGUGUGUCAUGUGGUGAUGAAGAGUAAACGAAUGCAUUCAGUCACCGGAGUCUUCAUCAUGAACCUGGCCAUCGCUGACAUCCUCAUCACCCUCCUCAACACACCCUUCACUCUGGUGCGCUUCAUCUACAGUACCUGGGUGUUUGGAAAAGUGAUGUGUCAUGUGAGCCGUUUUGCUCAGUACUGCUCUGUCCAUGUGUCUGUGUUCACACUUGUAGCUAUUGCUAUCGACCGGCACCAGGUGGUGCUGCACCCAAUGAAACAGAGGAUGUCCCGCCUCCAGGGCAUGGUCUGGGUCGGGGUGAUCUGGUUGAUGGCCACAUGUUUCUCUCUACCUCAUGCCAUCUACCAAACCCUGCUGCAUUUCAAGAUCAGUGAGGGGAACAUCAGGAUGGUUUGUCUGCCCAGUUUCCCGAAGCCCUCGGACCUUUUCUGGAAGUACCUGGACCUCGCCACCUUUGUCCUGCUCUACGUGUUGCCGGUGAUGAUAAUCACCAUCGCUUACGUUGUCAUGGCCAAAAAGCUGUGGAUGCGCAACGCCAUCGGAGACGUGACACUGGCCCAGAGCUUCGCCCACCGCCAGAGGAAGAGGAUGACCAUGAAGAUGAUGAUAGCUGUAGUGGCUGUGUUCGCCAUCUGCUGGUUCCCGUUGAACUGCUACGUGGUUCUGCUGUCUAGUAAAGUGAUCCAGGCGAAUAACGGCGUGUACUUCAGCUUCCACUGGCUGGCCAUGAGCUCCACCUGCUACAACCCCUUCAUCUACUGCUGGCUGAACCACAACUUCAGAGCUGAAAUCAAAUCACUGCUGCUCAUUGGCCGAGGUAAAAUCAGCAGUCAGCAGAACUGAAGAACGUAUCUACUUAUCUUCUACAUCUACACUACAUGCAUCUUUAUUUCAUUUUAUGGUGCAAUAUCCAGAAUAUUUUACGUCCUUCUUAUUUUGUCCCAAAUGCAUCAGUGAAUAUUUAGAUUUUGUCUUGGAUCAUUCUACAUACUGUAUAUUACAUGUAAUGACACAUCAGUUUCUCUACAAACUCCUCAGCAACAUUUCUGCUGGUUUGUGUAACACUGGUAUAAACGUCAUGUUUGUGAAAUCCUCGUUUUGGUGUUGAUGUGAAAAUAAAACACUAUUCAUGUUUACACUGUUAAUGUUGGUCAUGUGACCGUGCACUGGAGCAGGAGGACGAGUGUGUGCUACUGAGUUGUUGUGUAUUUCUCUCUUUAUUCGUCUGUUGUUUAUUGAUUUGUUUUUUGAGAUUAAUUUCUGUAGUCGUCCUUGUGCCUCUGAACCCUGUCUGCAUCUCCACAGAGCUUUUUAUUUUUUAUUUUUUUAUGAAUGAAAUGCAGAAUAUUUAUUUCCCUACAUUUAUAUCAGAGCAGGGAAACAAAUCUCACCGAACACAACAAACAUCU